AUGGUACAGACAGAGAAGGGUUCUUAUACUCCCGUUAACCCCUCCUCGAGCUCAGUGGCCAAACCCAAGCGACAGAGAAACAGAACACCCAAGAGUUGCAUACAAUGUUCAAAACGAAAGAUUUUUUGUUCCAAAGAGAGACCGGCAUGUAGCAACUGUAUCAAAUACUCAGUGGGGCACCUUUGCUCGUAUGCUUUACCACCAUGGGCAGAUGCUUCUGCGAAUAACAACAACAACAGCAACAACAACAGCAGCAGCAGCAGUGCCAAACCUAACGAUACAAAACUGAAUUCACCCCGCUGUUCCCUAAUAGAACUGCCGCUUUCACCAACACGAAUACAACAAACUGAUGAAUACCGACAGUUGAAACAAAGUAAUGAAAAGAUAAUACAAUCGCAACGGAAGGAAAUUGAUGAUUUGAAGCGUCAGUUAUCUGUUCAACAACAACUUUCACCAAGAGAUACUACAACAAAACAACAGCAACAACUGAUGUCAAAUCUGGGUAAUAUCCCAAUCACAGUGUUGAACAAGAUAAGCCCGUUGGCUAAUACCUACAACAAUAGCAAAAUCGAAAUGUUGAAUGAUUAUACCCUUUGCACUAUAGAUAAUUCACCACUGGGCAAUAAAAACAUAUACGUGGACACUUACUCCUGGAUCAAUAUCAUCAAACUAGAUCCUCAAUUGACCACGCUUUGGUUCCGAAUAACAAAUCUACAAAAAAUGUAUCACGUAUAUAAAAUGAACAUGUUAAAGAGAGGGCAAUCUACUGACAACGUCAUCAAGAAAGUGGCCAAAAAGUCAAAUUACAAGAUUAAUGAGAUUGAUUUUACAUAUUCCCUACAACCUACCACUCCCAGUGAUUCAAACAAAGAGCAAAGACAACAACAACAACAACCUUUGAGAUGCCCAGUAGUUGAAUGCGAUUUCAAUUUUAUGUCUGAAGAACAGCAAUUUACAACACCAAGUCCCAUGAGAUCGGUUUCCGUGUCGCCCGCAGUAAAACUAGAACGAUCAGCUACGAUUAUUGAAAAAUCUACAACUUCUGAACUACAACAAAAACUAAUAGGUCUUUGGGAGUCAUUAAUAAGUUUACCCAGGGGUGAAUCAAAAUUGAAUAUUCAACAAAUACAUUUCCUAUUGGACUAUUAUUACAAAAGUGAUAUUGAAAGUAAGGAUAUUCUAUCUUUUUAUAGAUUUGACAUACAAGCUGUCUUCAAGAAAACUGCAAACGAUGAAGUUGUGCUAAAUUUGCCCCAAAAUGCUGGCGGUCAUGAAUUCGAGGCACAAUUGAAAUCAUGUGGAAUCUUUCUAUGUAUGUUGGUGUUGAUCGUGGAGGAGUCCUUAUCUGAAUUGAGAGUCAUUUUCAAAGAAGCAACAAAUAAGGAUUUGUGUGAACAAUUUGAAGAUACUUUUCCUAACGAAGUUAUGUUGUUAAGUCUUGGUCCUCGUCAAUCCAACUUGCUUCAUAAUGUACAAGAGUUUCUUGUUCAUUUCGAGAAUGAAGAUUACAAUAGAUCGUUAUCAUAUUGUGCAGUGGUUAUUGUUCUACUAAAUAGGGAAAUUGAUGAUUACAAGAAACCCGGAUCGAGCAUCACUGAUACCAAAAAUUCCUUCACUUCGUUAUACACGGCUUUCCUCCAUUUAUUGCUUGAUGGAUCAUUGGAAAUUUGGAAAGACCCAGAAUUGGUAGAAAUUAGAUCUCAAUACAAAAAACGAAGAAAAGACAUGAAGUUACAUUUUUGUCACCUUUGGGCCAGUAUUGUUAGAUUAACCAAUUUGGUUACUUUGAACUUUGUUCCUUUGGUGAAACAUUCGGAAUAUUUAGAUGGGUUAUUGAGACGUAUAUACCGCAAGAUUGAAGAAGUUGACCUGUUGCAAUAUCAUUUAAAAUUUUUAUCCAAAUUGUCUGAAGAUCAGCUAAUUGUUUCUUUGCAUGUUCAUUACCUAAUUGCCAAUGUAUCCUGCUCACUAUAUCACGGAAUCUUAAACUUGGGAUCAAAUAAAUUAAUAAUCAGCACUUUGGAACAAUUGAUAAAACAAUGUCAGACUUGGAUAACUGAUGUUGGCGUUCAACGAUUUAGCGAAGCCCGCAAGUUCGAAAUUUUAAUCAUUCUUGAUUACUUGUCAUAUUUCAUGAUUUAUCUCAUCAUGUUACAAGGUGAAGAAUUGGGUGAUGCUACAAUGAUUAACAAUGUUGUACCAAACAUUUUCACAAAAUUAUCGCAACUUAUUCAACUGUUGCGUGUAACACCAAAACGCCAUGCUCAGUACCUUUACUCAAUCGGAACAGAAGUGUUAACUAGACUGGUUCAAUUUGUUGUGGGACUUCUCACUAGAUUCAAAAAUGAAUCGCGCGACGCCAAUUUGUUGAAAGAAGGUUGCACAGCAAUUAUGACAAAUAAGGGACUUCUUUCACCUACAGAAUGCAUGGAUGAUCUUACGGCCGAAAUUGAACAAAUUAUCACCUUUUUAGAAUCGGUAUUGAUAAAUAAGGAACGAUUAACAAAGCUCAUAAAGUUGUGGAAAUUUUACAUUACAUUGAGCAAAGAUUUGAACUAUUCCAAGCUUCAUGCUGGAUUACCCAGCUUCAAUAAUGGAAACGCUUCUGCUUGUCCUGUAUUAGCUGAUGGUGAUGCACAAUCAGCCGUAGCUGCAGCUUCAUGUCCUGUACAGAACACAGGCAAAGUCAACGCAGCAGCAUCUGGUUGUCCCGUAAUGCACAAUAAAGGUAGUACUGCAUCUGUGCUGUCCGACCUGAUGACAUCACCCACUUCACAAUCAGUAAAGAGAGAAGUAUCCAAAUGUCCAAUAUCACUGAUCACGACACCGAUGAAUGAUGAAGAAAUUAAAGUAAGUCAAUUACCUCCGCCUUUACAAGCAGCAAGUCACAAAUCACCUCAACAACAACAAUUACAAUCGCCAAUGAAUAAAAAGAUGAAAAAAUGUCCAUUUGAUCAUGGAUCGAUGAUGAAGCUGAACUUAUAUCCUAAUCAAGUAGAAUCAAGUAUAAGAGGAAGCUUUGAUGCCUUCAAGACGCAUACACCAAGUCCAUUGAGUGGUAGUGGUUAUUCUGCAAAUACACCAGCUCCAAUACCGCCGCAGUUGCAAUCAGUCAAUAUAACGUCGUCUGGUGAAGACUCUAUGAAGUUUGCAACAGCAAGAACUGGUGGUAACGACGUAAUGGGUAAUGCCCCAUCUUCCCAACUAGUGGCUUCACCGGGUUCUAGUUGUCCUGUCCUGGGUGCUCAACAGCCUGUACCACAGCUGCAAGCAUUACAACCACAGCCACUGUUUAUGGGUGGAUUAGAAAACUUAGAUGUUUUGAACCAAUUUCACGAUUUUGAUUUUGAUUUCCUAAAUCUGGAGAGCAUUUUCGAACAUUUUGGUGGAACUACUAGUGGUACAAGUGGCAAUGGAGCUAACGGAGAUUUGGAUUUGGGGUUGAAUAACCUUGGAAAUGGUAAUAUUGAGGGAUUUUUUCAAUAA